GCCCUCGCCCUCCCUCUCCGGAGCGGGCGGAGUCGGCACUUCCGCGGGGCGGGGUCUGCCCAGUGCUGACGUUGGCAGCCGAACCCGGCCGGAGUAGUUCGAGGCUGCCGGCUGCGCUCUCCGGUUGUUGGACUCUUGCUUCUCGUCCCUGCGCCCCGCUCGCCCCCGGCGCGCCCCCCCCACACACACACUCACCCAUCCUCGGCUCCUCGGACCGCUGUGGUUGGCGGCUGCCCGGCGCUCCGGUGCUCCCAACGCUCGGGCAUCCCAGGCCCGGUGACCGUAGGUGGCGUAAAGCGCCGCGAACCGAGCCUCCCGGCGGCCCGGGAGCGGCGAACGAGCGAGUCCGAGGGAUUCCUGGGCAGGUGGCGCCGCGAAGAUGGUCGCCAAGCAGAGGAUCCGGAUGGCCAACGAGAAGCACAGCAAGAAUAUCACUCAGCGCGGCAACGUCGCCAAGACCUCGAGAAAUGCCCCCGAAGAGAAAGCGUCGGUAGGACCCUGGUUAUUGGCCCUCUUCAUUUUUGUUGUUUGUGGCUCUGCAAUUUUCCAGAUUAUUCAGAGUAUCAGGAUGGGCAUGUGAAGUGACUGACCUUAAGACGUUGCCAUUCUCCUGUGAAUUUUAGCUUGAACUCAUUCCUGAUGUUCGCUGCCCUGGUUACAAACAAUUGAGUAAAUCGUCCUGCCUCAGAAUGACGUUUUCAUAUCAUUCUUCACGUGGCAUUCCAAGGUUUCUUCAAGAGCCAUUCCAGGUUUUCCAGUCCAUACCACAGUGCCUUGCAAAAGCACCACAUGAAUAAGCAAUAAAAUUUGAUUAUUAAGCUCCAAUAGUAGACUGUACUUAUUCAGUACAGAAUGAGUUUUAUGUGGUUGUUAAAACUUACGGCUAAUUAGAUUAAAUCUCUGUAGCCAGGGUAUAGAUUUUGUUAACCCUAAUGUGUAAAUGCAAUUAGCUUAACUUAAAUUUUGGAAUCUUAAGGUUUUCUAUAGCUAGGCACUUUAUUACUCUCUUGAAUGGAAAGCACACUCCAUUAUAGGGUCAUCAUGUAACUAUCCUAUAAUAAGGUGCUUAAACGUGGACAACUACACAGCCUAGUUUCACACAAUCGUCCUCACCUAAAAUGUUUGAAAAGCUUCAAGGGCAUACUAUAAGUACCGGUUCUUACGGCUGCAUCUGUGUUACCGACAAUGUUUCUGUUACACAGCCUUGAAUUUUGCAUGAGUAAGUAUAGUCACCUACGAUCGAUCGCGUUUGGAACUCGGUGGAGCAUUUUGUAACGUAAUCAGUGAUUGCAGUUUCACUAAAAGCUAUCAUGUGGAAUGAAAUUAGGGAAGGUUUGCCUGUGUCAUACUGAUUUCACCAGAAUGAAUUAACAAGGGGUUUUCUGUGCUAGAAAACACUUCAGGGGGAAAGACUGUAGGAAGUGAAUGCCUCCUCAGGACAUGUUGAGUCUAGUGUGCCAUAAGAUAUCUUAGCAUGUUGAUUGCACUUUUAAUACCAAAAAGGCACAUCAGCUAAAAAGUUAUAAUUGACAUGUCUGUAGGGUACGAGGUCUGUCACUCUAAAGUAGCAUUUGAAAUGAAAUGAACUUACUGAUAAGGAUCAGUCUCGUCUUCCUUUGUCUGACUUGAUAGGUUGUGAUUGAUCAAAUCUUUUUACUGAUAGGGUGAGAGUGAUGAGGCAGGGUUGUGGUUUCCUGGCGCUGUCAAAAACUGCAAGUCCUGACUAUUUAUGGACUUAGUCAGAACUUGGUGCAGAACCCAAGCAAUUUCUGUGUUUAUGAAUUGGAAGAAGCCUGCUUAUGUUUGCUUUGUCAAUUGCCUUGUUCCUGAGGCAGUUUCUUGAAAUAAACUGUUUUCAAAGGAACAGAAGGGAACUUUGCUACCUGUUCUGUAAGCAGUAUAAGCCUCGGGGCUUUGUUUCCCCUCGGAUGUAGAGGAGAGGGAAGGAAGGGGUGGUGAGGGAUGUGAAGUGUUUGUGGACAGAAAAGAAAGCUGGCUAUGGGGCUGCGGGGUCACUGAUGCUUACCUGCCUCUUCACCCAUAAGUGAAUCCCUACACGUGAUUCCCUCUGAAGCAAGUCUUGGUUAACUAAUUCUAUUUUAUUAUAACUUUAAAAGUGAAAGAUAAUUCUCUAAAUUUAUAGCAGGUGCCUUAUUUCCUUUGAAGCAAAUCAUUCCAUACCAGAAUUUCCCUCGGUUUACUAUGGAUAAUUGGCUUUAAGGUAUUUUUGUUUUUAAACAUACAAUGUUUUAAUUGAUUUGUUGAAUUGUACAGCAAUCAUUUCACAUUUGUAAAAUUACACCCCUCUGUAUCAUGUAAUUCACCUAUCGAGUACAUUUUACAUUCAGGUUGGGUUAUGCAUGUCUGGGUCAAUGAAAGCUAUGUCUGUUGGAUUUAUGGUUUAAAAUAAAGUUCCCUGGAUAUUUGA